AUGGGAAAAAAUGAUAAAAGAGGAUCCGGAAUCAAACACGAUGGAGGCAGCACGAACCUCGUUGGAAAAUUCACUCAAAGCGUUAGAAGAAUCGUGCAAGAUGUUAAAGAUGAGGGUACGGCAAGCGGACAAACGAAAGAAGAAGUCAUAGAAACAAACGAAAGGUUGAGAAUCGUUAGGGGUAGAUUGGAGGAAAAUUACGACACGGCUAAGAAAGCAUUGAAUACACUCAUGGGAAAAUACAUGAAAUCGAAAACAACGAGAAACGUUUUCCACAGGUAUCCACAAUUGAAAGCCAUGAUUAAGGAAGUUAUAAGAUUGGAAACGCAAUAUUGGGCACUCGUGGAAAUACCUAAACAAGAAAAACAAGAAACCGUGCCUGCGUUCGUGUUGAGGGCAUGUAGCAUAAUGGAAAAAACGCAAAAACCCGGCGAAGGUAUUAAAACAUCGUCGAAAAUUGCAGAAGAAGAAGAUAAAAGAAAGGAAAGAUUAAACAGGUUGGAAGACAUGACAAUAGCACAAAUAGAAGCGGAAAAUACACAAUUGACAAACGAUUUGUACAGGUUGUUAAAAAAAUAUUCAGGUUUAAGGAAUCUAAUAAGAGCACUUAAGUCUCAAUAUGUUAGUUCAAAAGUUUAUCCGAUAUUUCCAAAGUACACGUUCCUCAAGGACAUGAUCAAAGACAUUAUGCACGAUCCCGAUUACAUGGAAGUCUGCCACGAAGUCGAUCCCGUUUAG